AUUAGAAAACAGCAAAAAUGUUGUGUAGGGAAACAACAACAAGAAACGCAACGUUUUAAAAUUCCUUCGCCAGAGACACUAGAGAGCUUCGUUCGCGCGCUUUCCGCAUGACUGGAACCAAAGGCUGUCACCUGACACCGCUCCGCCAUGUUUGUUGACUGACACGAAAGUACGACCCAAUAACACCUAAUCCGUGUCACACCUGACGACGCUUUGUCCGCGCAACACCUGGCACCGAGACACCGGUUCUUCCCACAUCUCCUUAAAACUUCUUAGGACAUUUUCCUUAUAAGAUCUGUCAGUGUUCAGGCGAGACUGUGAGUGACGUCGUCAGGCGAUUGUCGUCGUCGCCUUGGCAACGGGCGACGCGGUCCGGUUCAAUCGUCUGCGGCAGUCAGUGACACAACACGACCCACGGGGGAACCCAGCAACACACGGGACCGGCCGGCAACUUCUCCCGACUUUCUACAACAAGGAGAAGACUGUCGGCGUUCUAGAGUGGAGCCAGUUUCUGUCUUUCGUCCUACAGUACGCGUAAGACAACUCUACAACUCUGGGAGUUGUAAAAGUCGCCGCAGGAAAGUUUUUCGGCAUGUUGUCGUCUGUAUAGAGCGAGACUAGCCCUGCUACCCUACCACUGUGAGAGGGGGACUCCACCUACUGGUAAUAGUUCGUCACGUUUCCUGAAACUUCGGUCUACAGAGGAACACCACACUGUACGCCUUGCUGUUUCUUGUACAUCGUGAGAGACGACUUGGAACACUACAGACGUUACUGUACGUGUAGCUGUUUCUGUGUGUAUGGAAGACGCAUUGGAAUGCUAGAGAGUAUACUAUAGUGCUGGCGACUUGUAACACUACAGACGUACUGCACGCCUUGUCGUUUCUUGCAGACUGUGAACGACGACUUACUACGUCGCUGUUUCCUGAAAGACGACCAGGAACACUACAAAAAUUAUUGUACGUGUCACUGUUUCCUGUACGCUGUAAAUACGACUUGGGACACUACAGACGGCACUGUACGUGUUACUGUUCCUUGUGGACUGUGAAAAAGGGCUGGGGGAAGUUUAGAGUUUCUCCGUGAAAGUUUAGACUCAUGUCGGGGACAGGAGACGACAGGCUGUUUCCUUAAAAGACGACCUGAAACAUUACGAUUGUGAAAGAAGACUACAGGCUUUACUGUAGGAAUCACUGUUUGUUGUGGACUGUGAAAGCAGACUUGGGGAGUUCAGAGCUGCUACAGACAUUACUGUAGUGCUGGCGACUUAGAACACUUCAGACGUACUGAACGUUUUCGCUGUUUAUUGUUGGCUGUGAAACUUCUGACUACUUGGGAAGUUUAAAGCUGCCCCGUGAGUGUUAACAGCCAUGUCGGGGACGGCAGACGAGCCGGAGCCGGCCCUCCAGCCGCGGCAGAUCGCUGCCCAGGUGUCGGCCCUGGCGCGGCAACUGGAGCGGGAGAACGCGAAGAUACAGGCGGCGGGCAAGGCCGGGCUGGCCCGCGGGAAGGUUGCGGGGCUUCUGCAGGAGUUGACCGCGGUGCUGGAGGACUGCGCCCGAGAGAGCGGUGAGCUGGCGGCCGGGAUUCGCCAUGUGCGCGGGGUGCUGGCCGGCACACGGGACGGGCUCAAGCUGGCAGGCGGCAGGGACAGGUGUGCUAAAGAGCACCACGGACAGGACGAUCCUAAGGAGGCCUCCGUCGGCAAUCUCCGUAAGAGCGUCGACGAGGCGAUGACGGUGGCGGAAAAGGCCGAAGGCACGGUCGCCGAGGUGGCUCGGGAGGCGGAGGCCGCCAUCUUGGAAGACGCGCGAGAGCUGAACCAACUAGAGUGCAUCGAGGAUCAACCUGUUGAGACAACUGAAGAGAAGGACGCCGCUGCGGAGGAAACAAGCGAAGAAAAAGCUGCUCCUGAAGCUACGAUUUCAGACUCAAACGAAGUCGCUGGCAAUCAAUCGGAAAACGUUGUUGUAGACGAACCGCCGGACACAGAAGAAAAGGUAGCCGAAGAUGAAAAAGAAUCGGAAGAAGAUAAAACGAAAGAGGUUCCAACCAACGAAGAAAGCGCAGAGGAAACAGAAAAGAAAGAAAACGAUGUGAAAGAAAUGGAAAAGACAGACGAUGACACGAAAGACAAUGAUAGUGCAGAAAAAACUGAUAACAAAUCUACGGAGGCUGAAAACGACAUAGAACAAAUAGUAGAAAAGCAAAGCAGACCAAAGAGUGAAGACAGACCGGCGGCAACCACAAAGACAAAAGAAUCUUCUAAGAAAGAAAAGAAAAAGACCAACAGCGAUCGGGUGGAAAUUAACCUUAACACUUCCCCAGAAGACAAAGAACAUGUAGAUCAAAAGACGCCGGCCAAUCCUGGAAUCUGGAGCACCUUUCCGCUCGAUGCCCUGAACGAUGACGGCCAAUCAGAACUCGCCUGCCUCAUCAAGGUGGACAUCGGGGCCGUCACCAACUUCCCGGUCACGUGCCAAAUAGCCAAUCAGCUGGCGUCGUCCGCGCUUGCGCAGAACGAGGAGCUGGUGAGUCACGUGGUGCAGCUGGCCCCCGCGGGAUGGAAGCUGCCCGUUCCCGCCGUGGUCUCGCUGCCCUACACAUGGUCUCGCCACGUCUCGCGAGAACUGGCGGUCAAGGCCACCGCCGACGGCGAGACUUGGAAAACGGUGCCGCUGAAGGCAGCAGAUGUGGUGUACAAAGACAGAAAGGGACACUUCGUGGAGUUCGAGGUUUCCCGCCUGGCCUGUUACGUCGUCGUGUCGCGUCUUAAGGUGGAAACCUUCACCCUACAGAAGAGCAAGACGAAGCCAAACGUCUUCAGGUCGUCCGUGGACCAGAGGAUCGAGCUCAACUUCCCGCCAGGAGCGAUCAAGACGGCGGGAGCCUUAGACGUGCAGGUGCAACCUGUAGACUCUAUCAGCCUGUCUGCGCUGAAGUCCCGCUGUCCGGACUGCGACUCGCUCAUCUCCACCAGCCCGAUCGUGUCUCUGGCGCUCAGCCCCGGCCUCAGGCUACACAAGCCCGUAGACAUCACCGUGCCCUGUCCGCUCAACCCGGCGGGCAACUGGGCACGGGACCCCACCAGGCCGGGCACCGCUGGACUCGGCGGGUCCCGUAAGCUUGGCGGCGUCUCCCCGCGGCCGGGCAGUGCGCCCGCCGGCAGGACCAGCCUUAUGGAGGAGGGAGACAACGGGGACGACUUACUGCACCUGCUGGCGUCCCGUAAGCUUGGCGGGACGUCCCCGCGGCCAGGCAGUGCCCCAGCCGGCAGGACCAGUCUGAUGGAGGAGGGAGACAACGGGGACGACUUCCUGCACCUGCUGGGGUCCGGUAAGCUAGGCGGCGUCUCCCCGUGGCCCGGUAGCGCGCCCGCCGGCAGGACCAGCCUGAUGGAGGAGGGCGACAACGGGGACGACUUCCUGCACCUGUUGGGGUCCCGUAAGCUAGGCGGCACGUCCCCGCGUCCCGGUAGCGCGCCAGCCGGCCGGACCAGCCUGAUGGAAGAGGGCGACAACGGGGACGACUUCCUGCACCUGCUGGGGCAGCCCGAGGGCGAGGAGGCCUGGGCCGAGGUCAUGGGCGUCAGGUUCCGGCAGAACAAGAAGGGCCUCGUCACGUUCGAGACAGCCGAACUGCUGGGAAAGUUCAUCGUCCUGCGUACCGCCGACCCUGCGGCCGAGCAGUUCCAGGGCGCGACGGAGGCGUUCCCGCGGCUGCUGGAGACGUCGCUGGGGCUGACGGACGCGCGGCUCAUCCUGCGCACCAAGACAGGCGACCCCGAGCGGGCCGUGGUGCGCUGCGUGCCGGCACGGGACGUGCGCGAGGCCGAACUGCAGCUGGACGCAGCAGGGUACGAGGAGGCAGAGCCCAGCAAGGAGGUCCUGCUGAAGGACGGAGACGAGCUUGUGCUGAAGUUCUCGGGAAACGUGAGCAGAGACACGGACGGGGACAGCAGGGACUCCGUCAGACUCACCUUCUACAGCCAGAGGCGGACACAGGCGCACUUCUACAUCAAGGAGGUGAACGAGUUCGGUAACUACAGCUCCCCGUGUUACCGCGGCAUGGUGCGGUUCUACGGCACCCGGCGGCGCGUUGGGAAGCCCGGCGCCGAGGACCCCGACCGGGGCCCGCCCGAUGUCAUCAAGAACGCCUUCCUGGGGGACGCGGUGGAGGAGGGGCUGGACAGCAUCUGUAAGCUGCCUGUUACCCUGCCCAAGAGAGAGCGGGACCCCCCAAGGCCCCCAAGUGCUUACCGGAAACUCAUCGAGUCACAAGGUCCGUUAGUGAACGACUGGCUGCAGUGGCUAGCCUCGGAGAUAGACGAGGACUGGGACCUGUUGGGACACCACCUGCGCGUCAAGCGGUCCCGUCUGCAGCACAUCAAGAGGAACAACCCGGAGGACCUUCAGCAGCAGGCGUUCGACAUGCUGUACUCGUGGCGGAAGAGCCUUCCCGCGGCGGCCGACAAGAUCGGGAAGCUGUGCCGCGCGCUGUCGCGGGUCGGCCGCAGGGACCUGGCCGAGGAGCUGCGGGAGAGAUACUCCGACCAUCGCAAGAAGAACGGCAAGGCCUAGGGCCUGUCGUGUUAAAA